CGGAAGGCGUGCCACUCGACUGCUCCCGACCUUCGGCCGGGGGCUCUGUUCCGCCCGCUUCCCCGGUGGGCGGCUCCGGCCUGGGCCUGGGUCUGGGUCGGAAUCGGAAUCGGAACCGGAAUGGCCUCCGGGAGCGGUGCGGAGGGGGAGGCUGUCAGCGGGGCCCAGCUCAUCGCUGAGUCCCUCAAGGCUCAAAAUAUCAAAUGCAUGUUUGGCGUUGUUGGUAUUCCUGUCACUGAAAUCGCAAUUGCAGCCCAAGCAGUUGGAAUAAAAUAUGUAGGAAUGAGAAAUGAACAAGCUGCCUGUUAUGCUGCAUCUGCUGUUGGAUAUUUGACUGGCAGACCAGGAGUGUGUCUUGUAGUGUCCGGUCCAGGUUUUUUACACGCAUUUGGUGGGAUGGCAAAUGCAACCAUGAACUGCUGGCCUUUGAUUGUUAUUGGAGGCUCUUCUGACAGAAAUCAGGAAACCAUGGGAGCUUUCCAAGAAUUCCCACAGGUUGAAGCUGGUAGGCUGUACAACAAACUGUCUGUCCGCCCAAGCAGCCUAGAAGUUAUUCCUGCUAUUAUUGAAAAGGCUGUAAGAACCAGCAUGUAUGGUCGUCCAGGUUCCUGCUAUAUUGACAUACCUGGGGAUUUUGUGAAUCUUCAGGUGAAUAAGAGCUCUGUCAAGUACGUGGAAUGCUGCCUGCCACCUCCCAUCAGCAUGGCCGAAUGCUCUGCUGUAUCCAAAGCAGCAUCUAUCAUUGGUCUUUCCAAGCAGCCUCUGCUAAUCAUUGGCAAAGGUGCUGCUUAUUCACAUGCUGAAAACAACAUCAGAAAGUUGGUGGACCUUUGUGGACUGCCUUUUUUGCCUACACCAAUGGCAAAAGGAGUAGUUCCUGAUAACCAUCCAAAUUGUGUAGCUGCAGCAAGAUCAACGGCGUUACAGCAUGCUGAUGUAAUCAUCUUGCUUGGUGCAAGGUUGAAUUGGAUUUUGCAUUUUGGUCUUCCACCAAGGUUUCGACAAGAUGUAAAGGUUAUUCAGAUUGAUAUUUGUGCAGAAGAGCUGGGGAAUAAUGUGAGGCCAGCUGCAAUUUUAUUAGGUGACAUAAACGCUGUGACUAAGCAGCUCUUAGAAGAAUUCAGCAAAAGACCAUUGAAAUAUCCUUCUAAUUCAGAGUGGUGGAAGAGGCUGAGAGCGAAAAUAAUGACCAAUGAAGAAAGAUCAAAGGGAUUAGCAUUACAGAAAUCCCUGCCUAUGAAUUAUUACACAGUCUUCCAUCACAUCAGAGAACUGAUACCCAAGGACUGCAUCUUAGUAAGUGAGGGAGCAAACACCAUGGACAUUGGACGAACUAUGCUUCCAAAUUACUAUCCCCGUCAAAGGCUUGAUGCAGGUACUUUUGGAACAAUGGGAGUUGGACUGGGUUUUGCUAUAGCAGCUGCGAUGGUAGCUAAAGACGGAACACCUGAAAAGCGAGUCAUCUGCAUAGAAGGAGAUAGUGCUUUUGGAUUUUCUGGGAUGGAAGUGGAGACUAUUUGCAGAUACAACUUGCCAAUCCUGAUUAUUGUAGUAAACAACAAUGGGAUUUACACUGGUUUGGAUGCAGAUGCCUGGAAGGAGAUGUCAAAGUUUGGAGAUCUUGCUACAUGUGUACCUCCUGUUUCUCUCUUGCCGAAUUCACACUAUGAGGAAAUUAUGCCUGCCUUUGGAGGUAAAGGAUACUUUGUUAAAACUCCAGAAGAAUUGCAGAAUGCUCUGAAAGCAAGCCUGACUGACAAGCAAACACCUUCUCUUAUAAAUGUAAUGAUUGAUCCACAGUCUGAGAGAAAGAAACAGGAAUUUCCCUGGCUGACCCGUUCUAACUUGUAGUAGAAGAUGAAGAUAAUGGUGGUGCAAGGCAGUGUGUUAAGCAAAACUAAAUUGCCUUCCAGAAGUGGAACUGGUACAACUCUAUUUUACAUAAGCAUUGGAACAAAGUGAGAUUUUAGAACUGCUAUUAGAGGAAUCAUUACAUGCUGAAAUUAAGUAAUUGUAAAAUGAAAGAGACACACAUGGAUGUAUACCAGGCCUUCUAGCAGAUUGUACAGAAACACUGAUGAUAAAAUUAUAUACUUUUUCUUUUCCUCAGAGUCAUACCUAUCAAGAUUUGUGAAUUAAAAUCUUGGGUGUUCUGGACAAAGGGAGUAAGCUGAGGGGUUUAUGCUGACUGAAACAUAGAAGUUUUUGGCAGUCUGCAGUUAUACUAGCUUCAUUUUUAACUGACCACUAGGAAGCUACUUGUUAGAGACUUUGUCCUGUAAGGACCAAAACAAAGCAUCUUGUUGUGACAAAGUGCUGACUGGCCUCAUGAUGCAUUGAAGCCCCUUGGGUUGAUACUUGCUUCAUAAUUUUAAAGGUUGCUUUUUCAGCUUCUACUGCAGGUAGAAGUAGUGUAUUAAAAAGUGAGACUUACUUAAGGGCGAAGUUUUUGUCUGUUGCAUUUGCUUUUGUUAACUGGGACUUAUGGUGCUUGUAGGAAAAAAAAAACCCUUAGAUUUUUGUUUGAAGCUUUGCUCUUUACAAAGGCACUGUCAUCCUUAUAGGCUGAAAACAGGACUGGAUUUAUUAGUGAGGUUUCCAGGAUUAAUAGGUCAUAAAUCUUUAUAAUCAGAAGCAUUUAAAAAAACCAAACAACAAUGAAAGAAAAAAAGAAAAACAAAAAAACCUCUCACCAGAACAACAACAACAAAGUGUUGGGCUGGAGCUUAAUGUUCAGUUUGGCUGGCAUCACAAAGCAACCACCAGCAUUCAUGCUGUGGCUGGCUAAUUGUGCAACAAAGGUUCUUCAUAUAAUGUAUUUACUGUAUAGAAACUUAGUGCCCAACUCACACUGACUGUGAUGCAAAGAUGCUUUAAAGUGGAUAAUUGGCCUACCUGAGGUUAUAUCUACUGUGUUUUCAUCUGUUGUUGCAUCUGACAAUCUGACUUAGAGCUCAGACUUUAAAAUUGAACUAAUUCUUUCUCUAUGCUUCUAUCAUGGCGUACAGCAACUACUAUUCAGUAUACUACUAAGCAGGUUACUUUAUAUUUACAUCUGUUCUUAAGUGCACUGGGAGGUUCUUUGUUGUUACAUAGGUAAAAGGGAAAAUUCUGGCUCUGAUUUGGGUUUUGAUUGCUUUAUUGUCUAUUAUUCCAUUGACAUUAAGUGUUAGUUAACUAGUGGUAGGCACUUGGAUGACCCAAGAGGGAGGAGGACUGGGCUGGCAGGGGAUCCUGGCCUACAGUUAGGUUUGUUGCAAAAAGCUUGGCUUAUUAGUUCUUGCACUUCAGCCUGGGUCUGGCAAAGGCCAUGGGUUACUGUUAGGCAGAGGAAUGUCUCUGCACACUCGUGCAGAAAGCUAGUAUCUGACAAGAGCAAGAGUACCACAGUCUGACUAGAGGUACCACUAUUUGCUGUGUGUGGGAACAGCCAUGUGGCACUGGGAAUGCUUGAGUCAAGAAAGGUAAUAUCCUUAGGAGCCCUAAGAAGUGCAAGAAGAUAAAAUCUGUAGAAUGGAUGCAACUCAUGAAUGAGCAUAAGGCUGCUGUGAUGGCAGAGUUGCUAUGUUCUCGGGGCUGCUCUGCAAGGGAUGUGGAACAACGUUGGAUCUGGUCACCGAUUUUGUCUCAUUCUUCUUUUUAACUCCUAAAAAUUGAUUUUUAUAUGUUGCAGUGAUUAAACAUAAUCCAUUAUGAUGAUGUAAAAUAUCUGUAAGAGUUAAUGCUGGGACUGACCACAGGGCAGAUCAUUUGCAUUGGAUAAGCAAAUGCAGAUAUUCUUGUUUUAUAUUUGAAAAUUAAUAAAAAGUUAUUUUCAUACUGUUUCUCCUUUAAUGAGAGUAUUUGAAUUAUAUCAGCAUUUUGUGUCAGCUGUCGGAAAUCAGCUUACGUUGGAUUUUUAGAAAAGUUGUUGAAUAGUCACAGUAACAUGCAUAAUUCAUUUUAAUAAGUCAAGACACCUGGAAAAUGGAAAGCAAAGAGUUUGAAACUGUGGGGAGGCGAUAACAUAUUGAUAACAUAUUUGGAUUUCACUGAGCUUUUAAAAAGCUCAAAGAAGAAUUAAUACUGCAUUUCUUAUAGCUUUAAAACAGACUAAUACCAUGAUAUAAUAAAAAUUCUUAGGUUGUUAUUAAUUAGGGUUUUUUGUGAAGAGAGAGUGCACAAUUUCCGUAUAAAACCAAGGAGAGUGAAAUCUGUACUACUUUGUUUAUAUAGCUUACCUGCUUGAUACUAUGUUUUACGUCAUGGAGUUGCAUCUAAGUGAGGUGUUAGGCAGAUAAAACUGUGUGAAAGACAAAGUUUUGGAGAUGAGACAGGAACAAGUUAUCUCUGAAAUGUCCCAAUUUUAUUAAAAGGAGCAAAAAAUUACAGAUGAUGUAAGUUUGGGGAAUGCUGACCCAUUUGACUUUAGCCAAGUGGAAAUUUUUCUUCAAGACCAGAGCAUGGAAUUAAAAGUAUUGAACAGACUCAAGAUGCCAAACUCAAGAGGAAGAAAAUGCCUGGGCCUCAGCUGAGGGAAGAUACUGUGCAAGAGGUACUGUGUGUAAUUUACUGAGACAUACCAGGAGAAGAUAGUGUUUAAAUAAGGCAGAGUUCCAAAUCUUUCUUAUCAUGGCUUUCAGGUAAAUAAAGAAUAUUUGAAAUUUU